UAUUUACACGAUCGGUUUCCAGUGAAAACCUUUGUUUUUUAAAUAAAUACAAUGGCGUUUUAGUGUUGAAGUGGUAGUGGAAACUCUCUAGAUGGAGUACCUGACUCUUUUGUGGUUGUUUAGCUUCUACACCAGUGAUGUUCACGCGGCGACACACUGGAUGGUAACCGAGACUGGUCUCAUCCAGCCAAGGGAUGACUCUCCGUUCCAAAUGAACAAGCCGUAUGACUUACUAGCAUUUCUUAAUCAAGAUAUUCGCUGGGACAACAUCCGUAAGCUAUACCAUGACAUGUUGCGACGGCAGAAGGACCUGAGCCAUAUUUGGGAUAUUGUUGAAAAGGAUAGCGAUGUCAAUACGCUAUUGAGCAAUGAAGCUCACUGCAAGAAGUCUGGGCCAUUGAACUUAGUGGACUGGUAUACGUCACCCUUGGAAGAAGGGUUAUCGAAACAUAUACCCCAGGAGGAGUAUUUACUUCGCCACCCGAUGUACGGUCAGGACGUAGAUGUACCGGAUUGUAAGAAGAUAUCCUCGUUGACUUACAGCAUGGCUGCUUUUGAGCAUUUACCGUCUAUGCAACAGCGAGAGAAGCUGGUUAUCGAUGCGGAAUUGUCGUUACCAGAGCUUAUAUCACCGGUGAUGACAGUGGAGCAAUUCGGCCACUGGCUAGCGAACAUUCUUCGCAAGAACAGUUCCUCCUGGCUUCAUUACAACUUGGCUUCGUUGUACUGGAGGGUGCGGGGUAACGCUGUGAAGGCCUUAGAAUGCAGUCGACGAGCUGUACACUACGCUCCCAGGCGCUACAAAGACAUCUCCCUUCUAAGCAUGGGAACGACUCUGCACCGAGGCAAGAAACCUGAUGACGCCAUAAUAGUGUUGGGCGCAGCAGUCGACCACGAGCCGCAGUGCGCUCACGGACACUUCGUCCUGGCCAACGCGUACGCUGUCAUAGGCGAAUACAACAACUCCGUAAGGCAUUAUGACAAAAGUAUCAAAUUGAACCCUGGGGUGGAACAAUCUAUAAAAAACAAACACGCCGUGCUUUGUCUAAAGCAGAUGAUCAAGAAAGUGCGGAUACAUUACAAGACACUGAAAAAAUUGCAUAAAGAAGUAACGGAUUAUGCCGCUAGAGAGGUUAUGUUCCUGAAGUCCCAGGCUGCCUUCUUGAGGACCAUGAAGCAUAAUGAAGAGUUUGAUUACACGAAAGUAGACAGAAUUCUGCACAAAAUGUCAGAGAUAACGGGCCUAAAAAUAAAGGACUUAAAAAAAGAGAGCGAUAAAUUCUCUGUCAUUAAACACUUCCUCGACGAGAAGUAUAAAGACAGUUGGGUAGACGACAGAGGCAUUAAAGCUAUAGAGUCGGCUUAUGAAAUGCAAGAACUGAUUAGGAACAUCUCUAAACACGCCGCGUCCGCAUCGGACUUCGUGAUACAACCGGACCUAGUCAAAGUGUCCGAUGCGAAAUAUAAAAAGGAAAUCGGGCCUAUGCCUGUGUUUAAUGACGCUAAUCGGGGACCCAAAACGGAUUCCAUUAAACCAGGCGUGAUGGACAAGAUUGAUGAGGAAACUUAUGAGUAUGAAGUCAGGAUGCCACUGUAUCCACCAACGAUGAAAAUCCAUCGAAACGUGGAAGAUUUCGACAAAGAUGCCGACUGGCCGUCAGAGAAGCUGUGCAAGGAAGCCGGGCCCACUUAUCCUGAAAAUACUGAGGUCAUCUACCCCAUCUUCCUGCCCUUUGAGAAUAAGGGGUUGAGACUAAAAGGCAUCCUAACGCAUAAGAUUAACUUGGGUUUGAAUGUGGAACACGAGCUGCCGUGGCACCCGCCGAUGUGUCCACACUCGCGGGAGGCAGCUACUGCAGCGCAGAAGAAGCCCAAGCAACCGAUAUUGACGGAGAUAGUACAGACUGACUACCUGCGUCACAAGUUGAUGGAGUAUGUGGGUGAUGGGUACCCAGAGCACUCGCAACAUAUGCAGGACGCCGAGAUUGGACAGAGGAUACAUACCGCCAUGCAGAUGGGCGUUGCACCAAAAUGGAUGAUAUACACUCUAACAUCGCUUUACUGGCGUGUACGUGGUAACAACGUGAACGCCUUAAGCUGCCUCCUAGCAGCUAGUAAGAAUGUUAAGAGCAAAUUCAAGGAUGUCGUCUUGACUUCGCUGGCCUCUGUAUAUUUGGAGAUGGGGCUGUUUGAUGAGUCGCUACAGGCCGCUGAGGAAUCUUUUAGGCUGAGUCUUUAUGAGCCAGCUACAAACUUCGUUCUAGCAGAAUUAAACAUGGUAAAGAAGCAUCGCAACACGCAGAUGUUCCACAUGAAGCAGGUGGUCCGCGUGGAGCCAGGGUUCAUGGGCGGGGUGGCGCGGAGCCUGCUGCUAGGCUGGGGCUGUCUGAUGCGGCAGCUCGAAGCGGUGCACGGACUUGAUUUCGGCGAUGGUGACAUCUGCACUCAGGUGGAGCCGGGAGUGAGCAUGGUUUGCGAGAAGGACGGCACGAACUGUCAGAUGACCAACAUACAGUGCGUCACGCAUAGCGAGAAAGAAAGCACAAGCACUCUAGUCCGCCUAAUGGAGAUCAAGAAAGACCCAGCUCUCCUCCCGGAGCCAAUGGACGCCUCAGUAUUCGACCCGUUUACUAUGAAUAUGCCUUUAGAACGUGGGGACAAGGAAGGACACGAAAAGAACUUUCUGACGAUGGUGACCAUUCUGGAGAACCUACAGGGGUGUGGGCCUUCGGGCUGCGUCAACAUAAAAUCUGAAGACCUGGCGUUGAAGCAAGAAGACUGCACUUAUCAGUUCCUGCAGUUGGGUUACUGGCUGCAUAUCGUCAGCUUCCAACUGUUUUUCACUGAUCCUGACUUGAGAAUACCAUCAGAGUUGUUAUCAGCAACGGCUGGCGCUAAACGCGUCCCAGAGUGCAGGGUGUACGCAGAUCCUGCCGAGGACUUGGUACUGCACCGCGUCAACAAAUUAAGCCCGGAGGGCUGGGAGCAGGUGCCUUCCCUGCUGCAUCAGUUCAACGAGCUGUUCCACUUCAUGGACUUCGCUGUCAUCGGCGCCAAGAUGGCUCGGUUCCUUGAGACGCGGCCGCGCUCGUGGGUGGGCGCGCUGGCGGCGGGCUGGUGGUGCGGCGCGGCGGGGCGCGGCGCGUGCGCCGUGCGCUGCCUGGCCGCCGCCUACGCGCUGGCGCCGCCGCGCCACCGCGCUCACGCCACGCGCGCGCUGGCCGCGCUGCUGCACAUGCAAACAAAACACGACGAGGCAAAAGAGUGGGCCUACCUGUCUUUCUAUCUGUCGCCAAAGAGCAAAACCGAUGCUUUUCUAGUCGGACUCACAUACACUUACCAAGUUAAGUACGAGCAAGCCGUAUGGAUGUACCGCUACGCACUGUCAUUCGACGAGAAGUACCUGCCGGCUAAGGCCUGUCUACACGCCACUAUGUGUGUCAUGCUGUUUGGAGAGGGCGCCAAGCUGUAGUGAUGUUCCAGGUAAAUGUUGGGCAGCACUAAACGAACUAUAGUCCGUUCAAAAAUGAUCUUCAUAAAAGGUAAACAAACCUGUUACUACAAAGAAUGUUCGAAUUUCACCUAAACUACGCAAAGUAUUCUUCUAAUAACAUCCGUAGCACUCAAUAGAUGUAUGAUUUCUUAGCUCAAUGUGAAAUUAACGUAAAAUAAUGAUUAAAAACACAUUUUUUCAUGUAAAAACAAAAAUCAAACAAAACCUCACACAAAAAAGUUGACAUCAUAAAUUCUUGUUAAUCUGUGGCUAGCUGUCAAUUUGACUAUUAGUGAUGAGACAUUUCAUUCAGGUCAGGAAAACGAGUCAGUUCCGUGAAUAACUUAAGUGAGUGUACUUAAUAAGCCGAAAUGCGCAGAAAAAAUGACUUUCAAAGUGAGUUAGUGUAACCACAAAGAAACAUACAAUAUAUAUUUUAAUAUUAUCAUACAAAAUAUUCAAACAGCCCAAGAGAGUCAGUUCAUUUUGAUAAAAUAACUUGAGCUAAAAUCAAUUCAGCACUUCACUAGUAUGCAGUUUGACACAGAUAAAAAAUAUCGGCAGCCAUAUUUGUUUACCUUUUAUGAAGAUCAUUCUUGAACGGACUAUAAUUGCAUUUA